GGUAACCCAUUAACUAUAGUCUAUUAGAUAUAUUCAUAUGGCUAAGAAAGAUAAAAAGUCUGAAGCCAAGAAGGCCAAGGCUGCUGAGAAGGCAAAGAAAAAUCUUGCCAAAGCAGAAUCGAAAUCUAAGAAAGUGGCUAAGAAAUUAGGAGAAGAAGAAGAAGAUGAAGAUAUCGAUGAAAUCUUAGCACAAUUUGCUAAAGAACAAGAAUUAUUUGAAGAAGUUCAUAUUAAUGUAUGUGAAAGACCUACCAAAAGACUUAAUCCUUCAUUGGUAUCGAAUCCCUUACAGGGGAAGCGAGAAUUAAUUUUAUUUGGUGGAGAAUCAAAUGAUGGUUCAAUAUCUCAUUUUUAUAAUGAUUUAUAUACUUAUACAAUUGAUAAUGAUACAUGGAGGAAAUAUAUUUCAAAGAAUUCUCCUUUACCUCGUUCAUCUCAUGCUAUGUGUUCUCAUCCAUCAGGAAUUAUCCUUAUGUUUGGUGGAGAAUUUUCAUCUCCAAAGCAAUCUACAUUUUAUCAUUAUGGUGAUACUUGGAUUCUUGAUGCUGAUAGUAAAGAAUGGACAAAAAUUGAUCAAAAAAGAGGUCCAUCAGCUAGAUCAGGUCAUAGAUUGGCCGUAUGGAAAAAUUAUAUUAUGAUGCAUGGUGGAUUUCGUGAUUUAGGUAAUAUGUCUACUUAUUUAAAUGAUUUAUGGUUAUUUGAUAUAACAACUUAUAAAUGGGUUCAAGUAGAAUUUCCUCCUGCUCAUUCUAUACCUGAAACAAGAUCUGGUCAUUCUUUCUUACCAUGUGCUGAAGGUGCUAUAGUUUAUGGUGGUUAUUGUAAAGUUAAAGCAAAGAAAGGUUUACAAAAGGGGAAAGUAUUAACUGAUUGUUGGUUACUUAAAAUGAAAGCAGAUCCUAAAGCAGUUAGAUUUGAAAGAAAACGUAAACAAGGGUUUAAUCCAUCGGCAAGAGUUGGAUGUUCAUUAGUUUAUCAUAAAAAUAGAGGUAUAAUGUUUGGAGGAGUCUUUGAUUAUGAAGAAAGUGAAGAACAAUUAGAAUCUGAUUUCUUUAAUAGUUUAUUCUCUUAUCAUAUUGAAACAAAUAGAUGGUAUAAUCUUACUUUAAAACCUCAAAGACAGAAAAAGAGAGAAAGAACUAAAGAAAAGACAAGAGAUGAAGAUCUUGAAGAAUUAUUGAAUUCUAUUUUAGCCAAGGCUAAUUUAAAGGAUGAUGAUGAUAAUGAUACAGAUAAUUCUCAAAUUGAAAAAUUGAAACAAUUAGAAGAGCAAGAAGAAAGAGAAGAUAAAAUAGAAUAUCCAAUAAUGAAUCAACUUCCUCAUAAAAGAUUCAAUGCAACCUUAUGUGUAGUUGAUGAUACAUUAUAUAUUUAUGGUGGUAUUUUUGAAAGAGGUGAACAAGAAUUUAAUUUGGAUUCAUUAUAUGCCAUUGAUUUAGGUAAGCUUGAUGGUGUGAAGGUAUUAUGGGAAGAUUUAACAGAAUUAGAUAAGGAAGUAGUUAAUUCAGAUGAUGAAGAUGAAGACGAUGAUGAUGAAGAUGAUGAUGAAGAAGAAGAAACUGACACCAAAUUAGAAGCAGAAGAAGAAGAAGAAGAAGAGGAAGAGGAGGAGGAAGAAGAAGAAGAAGAAGACGAAGAUGAAAUUCCUGAUCCUAGACCUUGGUUACCACAUCCAAAGGCUUUUGAAUCCUUACGGGCCUUUUAUAUCCGUACUGGACCACAAUUCUUGGAAUGGUCUAUUUCCAGUCAUAGAGAAGCUAGAGGUAAAUAUUUAAAGAAAGCAGCGUUUGAUUUAUGUGAAGAAAGAUUCUGGGAAAGAAGAGAACAAGUGGCUAUAGAAGAAGAUAGAUUGGAAGAUUUAGGUGGUGUUGGAGAUAUUAUUGAAAAGGAUACAUCCAAAACCACAAAGAGAAGAUAAGUUAGAAAGUUUAUAGACUUUAUAUAUUUAUUAGAUAAUGA